CUAGCCCUUAGCCACCCUUCUGCCCGCCAGGUACAUCCCCGUGCGCGGGCAGCGCGCGUACUGCGACGCGGUCCGCAAGUACUCGGGUGCCCAGGGCCCGCAGGCGGGCGUCGACAUCCCCGACUUUGUGGAGGCCACCAUCUUCAGCAAGCACGAGGCCGUCGUCAUGCUGGGUGACUUCAGCGACGGCGACCUGCAGCUCCCCGUCAACCACAUUGCCGCCUGGUACAAGCCGUGGUGGUACAAGUACGUGGAGGGCAUCCUGCGCGCGGGCCGCGAGCACACGGAGCUCGUCCCGAUGCGCGAGUACCUGCUGCGCCACAACCGCGCCAUCUUCUGGGUCGUGGAGGACAUGCUGCCCAACGGCAACCACCCGCUGUUCCGCGCGCUGCUCGGCUGGCUGCUGCCGCCCAAGCCCGCCUUCCUCAAGUUCACCACCACGCCCGGCAUCCGCGCCCUCACCUUCGCCAAGCAGGUGUUCCAGGACAUCGUGCUGCCCGUCGAGGAGCUCGAGCAGCAGGUGGACACGAGCGAGCUGCUGUUCGACUCGUACCCGCUGCUCGUGUACCCGUGCCGCGUGUACGACCGCGGGCCGCGCUCGGGGCAGCUGCGCCGCCCGCCGCCCAAGUACCUGGUGCCCGGCACCGACUACGCCAUGUACAACGACCUGGGCGUCUACGGAGUCCCGGGCAAGGUGAGGCCACCAACAACAAUCUCUUACCACGAGAACGGGUGUUUCUUCGGCGUUGAGGUGUCCCACGAUCCUAAGAUAGGUGUACCACGAGCUGGCGAGUUGAAGCGAGUAAGGCGCGUAUUGGGCCCAAUUCUCGCGAGUUUUCGCGAGCUGGUCGCGACUUGGGUGCGGGCAAGUGUACAACGAAGGAAAAUUCACACAAUCACUCCUUUGGGUGUAUGA